CUACACUGUUGCGCCUCCGGUCUCGUGACACUGCCGUGCGGACGACCGACCGACAUGAACGCCUCUCUGCAGCUCGCCCUUCUGCUGCUGACCCUCGGCUCCUCGCGGGGGCUGCAGCCCGAUCUCUGGGACGACUUCGAGGAGCCGGUCGAGGCGGAGCGCGUCGUCGCGGCUUCCCGGUUCGGCUCCCUGUGGCCCCUGCCGCAGAAAGUGAAAAUCUCCGAUGUUUCGCUCUUGUUAUCCGGCCUCACGUUCCGAAUAGCCGACGGCAAAGGGUCGAGCUCGGGCGCGAGCUGCAGCCUCCUGCAGAACGCGUACAGGAGGUAUUACGAGUACAUAUUUGGGCACUCCAAAAGGCAGCCGGAGGUGGAAAGCUUCCCAGCGGGCCCCUCGGUGGUGACCGAGCUGCAGGUGUUGAUCACAUCGGCUGACUCUGAGUGUGAGGGCUUCCCCGGUGUCACGUCCGACGAGUCAUAUGAGCUGACUGUGGAUCAGCCGUACGCCGUCUUGAAGGCACCGAAGGUCUGGGGGGCCUUGCGUGGUCUGGAAACUUUCAGCCAGUUGGUGUACGAAGAUGAAUUUGGAGCCAAAAGCAUCAAUUCCACAACAAUCAGCGACUUCCCCAGAUUUGCCCAUAGAGGCAUCCUGCUGGACACCUCUCGCCAUUUUCUGCCCAUCAAAGUCAUCCUGGCUAAUCUGGAAACGAUGGCAAUGAACAAGUUUAAUGUUUUCCACUGGCACAUCGUGGAUGAUCCAUCCUUCCCCUACAUGAGCCGCACGUUCCCACACCUCAGCCAGCAGGGCGCUUACCACCCGUACACGCACGUGUACACGCCCUCUGACGUGAAGAUGGUGAUCGAGUUCGGCCGCCUGCGAGGCAUUCGCGUUGUCCCCGAGUUUGACACGCCGGGACACACCCAGUCCUGGGGAAAAGGCCAGAAAGACCUGCUCACGCCGUGUUACUCUGGAGACAAACCCUCCGGCACCUUCGGCCCAGUGAACCCCAUCCUGAACACCACCUACGACUUCAUGAGCAAGUUCUUCAAGGAGAUCGGCACCGUGUUCCCGGACGCCUACGUGCACCUGGGGGGCGACGAGGUCGACUUCAACUGCUGGAAGUCGAACCCGGACAUCCAGAAGUUCAUGGCGCAGCAGGGCUUCGGACAGGACUUCAGCAAACUGGAGUCCUUCUACAUCCAGAAACUGUUGGACAUCGUUGCCACGACGCAGAAGGGCUACAUGAUCUGGCAGGAGGUCUUUGACAAUGGUGUCAAGCUGAAGCCGGACACGGUAGUGCACGUGUGGAUCGGCGGCGGGGCGAACGAGGAGAUGGGCAAGGUCACGGCAGCGGGGUUCACCACCAUCCUCUCGGCCCCGUGGUACCUAGAUUACAUUAGCUACGCGCAGGACUGGCAGAAGUACUACAAGGUCGAGCCGCUCGACUUCAAGGGCACCGAGGAGCAAAAGAAGCUGGUGAUCGGUGGAGAAGCUUGUUUGUGGGGCGAGUACGUGGACGCCACCAACCUGACGCCCAGACUCUGGCCGCGUGCGAGCGCCGUGGCCGAGCGGCUGUGGAGCGCCGCCGACGUGACGGACAUCAACGACGCCUUCAGUAGACUCUCGGCGCAUCGCUGUCGCAUGGUGGAGCGUGGGAUCCCAGCUGAGCCGCUGUUUUCCAGCUACUGUCCCCGGGAGUACAGGGGAAUCUAAAAGGAACUCAGGGGCCAAUGGAGCAGAAGGGGAAUUAAAUUCAUACAAUCAACCGAGAAAUCAAAUGCCAAGUUCACUGGUUAUGUCACGCUAUAACUCUUCACAUCUUAUGUCAUAAACCUUUUGAAUUAAUGAAUGCAAUUGUUUUUUAUGACUGAUUGAAUAAAAUAUUACAUUUUGAUAUUCAAA